AUGUGCAUCUACUCCGCUGUCUCACACGCUCUCCAGCUUGGUCUCAUCUGGCUCAUCCCAGAAACAGCAAUCCACCAGCAAGAAGCAGAGGAAGACAACAAGGAGGAGAAGAAGGAAGAACAAGAAUCAAUCUUCCAGGCUAAGUACAUCUGGCCACUCACAGUCCUCAUCCUCAUCAUGCUCACACAGCAGUUCUCAGGCAUCAACGCUAUUCUCUCAGAUCUCAGCAAGCUCUUCGAGAACGCAAACAUCAAUGGCAUCACACCAGGUAUCCAGUCAUUCAUCGCUACAGCAGCUCAGCUCAUCGCAUGCUUCUUCUCAGGCGGUCUCAUCAAGAAAGUUGGUCGCCGUGCUAUGUGGACAAUCUCAGGCAUCGUCUGCGCUGCAUCCCUCAUCAUCUUCGGAUUCAACUCUAAGUACGACUGGUCAAACGUUCUCCCAGUUAUCCUCAUCUUCCUCUACCAGUUCGGCUUCGGUCUCGGUCUCGCACCAAUGCCAUGGUACUCCUCACCAGAACUCUUCCCACUCUCAGUCCGCCCAAUGGCAUCCGCUAUCAACGGAAUGACAUCAUGGCUCUUCUCCUUCAUCAUCGUCUACGCAUCACCAGCAAUGAGGAAGUCCAAGAUGGGUGACCUCGGUCUCUUCCUCUUCUACGGUAUCAUCACAAUCGCCGGCACAAUCUUUGGCUUCUGGUUCAUCAGAGAACCACAAGAAGACAAAGCAGAAUCUCUCGACAACGACGAAGAUGUACAGGCUUAA